UGGAAGAUAAAUUGAAAAAAUUUUCUAAUAUAAUAUGUAUGGAUGGAACUCAUUGCACAAAUAAUAAGAAAAUGGAUCUAACAAUAAUGUUGAUAAAGGAUGAUAAAAAUGCAGGAUUCCCGGUGGCUUUUUUUCUGUCAAAUAGAUUAGAUCAACAAAUUCAAGAAGUAUUUUUAGGGGCUCUAAAAGCAAAACUGAAAGAAGAAAUUAGACCUAAUUAUUUCAUGACUGAUGACGAUGGCAAGUAUUAUAAGGCAUGGGUAAAAAUAAUGAAUAAUCAACCAAGAAACUUUUGUGUACGUGGCAUAUAAUGAAGAAUUGGAAUAUACAGGGAAGAGCAAAAAUUAAAGAUUUGGACAUGAAGAAAAUGAAAGUAGAAAUUAAGAAAAUUUUGAAUGAGACCGAUGAGGAAAAAUUUUUAUAUUUGGUGGAUGCAUACUGCAACAAAUUGGAAACAGCAAAUGAAACUGCUUUCUUAAAUUAUCUCAAAAAGAAUUAUUUUCAGUCAAAUAGAACGCAAAUGUGGGCACAUUGUUAUAGGAAGAAUGCAGGAGUAAACACAAAUAUGUCAGUGGAAAGUUUGAACAAUUUUCUGAAGAACAACCAAUUGAAGAGGAGGGCUAAUGUUACUGUGGAAAAACUUUUAGAUACAAUUGAUUAACUAGUAGAUAUAAAAAUGUGGCAGCGUAUUUUGAACAUGGAAAGACCCAAUGCAAACAAUUAUCAAGACAGGAUAGUAAUAAAUGCACAUAAGAAAGCAGAAUCAGAGAAGAAUACGGUGGAGAUCAUUCAAAAAGAAGAAGGACAUUAUCAGGUAAAAUCUUCAGAUGGUAAGUCUUAUUAUAAUAUUACUUGUAAUCAAAUGUGUGGAAGCACAUGUAGAACUCUAUUUUGCAGAGUAUGUAAAUUUUGUGUUCAUCGUUAUCGAUGUGAAUGUAAGGAGUAUGCUGUGAGAAGUACCUUAUGUAAACAUGUGCAUUUGGUAUGUAUGUAUGAGGAGCGAGUGGGUACUAAUUAUGUUUUAGACGACGAUAUAACAGCCUUGGAAAAAGAAUCUGAAAUAAAUAUAUCCCAUCAAAGAGAAAUUACUCAGUUUAUUGAAGAAAAAAUAAUUGACAGUGUGGACAGCAAUGCAGAUGAGGAAAUGAUUAGAAAUGCAGAAAUUGAAGAUUUGGGUAACUUUUUGAAAUGUUUAAAUAAAGGAGAAUAUAGUAAUAUUAUGGAAAAAAUUAAAUUAUUGCGUAAAGAAGUGGAAGUGACAAAAAAUAAUUCCAAAAAACGAAAAAUGGAGAAGCAGGCGUAUUAUCCCUCAAAAAAAAAGCCCAUCUAGGGAAUUACAUUUAAUUUGGUCAAUUACAAAUGUUUUGAGAAAAUAUGAGAUAUCAAAGUAUAUUGAAGGAACAGAGAAUGAGUUAAUAAACAGAAGGGUUAGUACCUACUUAAUUCGACAAAGAUAUCUCACAAAAAUCAAUCGUUAUUAAGUUUUUAAUUUCAGAUUAUUUUAAACGAACACAGUAUUGUUUAAGGAUAGCAUACCUGUUGUAGUAUUUUAUAACUUUAUUAUUAAUUAGCUAGGGAACGAAAACUGUGUUUUCUUUUUUCCCCUAAAAUUAGGGGU